AUGGCACGUGAUCGUAUCUUUUCUCCGGAGUCUCCAGAUGUACAUAUCCGUCUCCUUGGCACUUCUAAUGAGCAUGGUAAUCGUGAUUCCAUACCAACUGUUUCGGAACUAGCUGCUCUCAUUGUUGCUGAUCUAACUAUAGAAGCAUGUGACUUUGAUGUUGUUGUGCACACACACCCGGGCGCCUUGCAGCAAGUUAACCUUUUGAAUCCAGCACUCAUGUCCUUGCAAUAUCCGCUUUUGUUCCCGUUUGGUGAAAGGAGCUUCCAUCUAGGUAUCAAGUAUUGUCAUCUUGACGGAGCAACUCCUGGUGGCCGUGAAAAUGUUACAAUGAAGGAAUUCUACUGUUAUCAGGUCCAUUACCGUCAAGGAGAACCUAAUCCAUACACAUGUUGUGGGCGCCUCUCUGACCAAGCAAUUGUCAAUUGUUAUUCAUGUAUCGAAGCUAGCAGGUUGCAAUUCUUUUACUUCAAUCAGGACCUUUUGCGAUCUGAAACAUAUCAAGGAAUUACCGAUGCUUUAGGCCAGGGCUGUUCAAAUGGGAAGAAUAUAGGCCUCAAGUGGAUGCUUCCGUCCAGCCAUGUGGGCAGUCCACGAUACCUAGCUAUGAACUAUCAAGAUGCAAUGGCUGUUUGUCGACAGUAUGGAUCUCCUGAUAUUUUUACCACUUUCACAUGCAAUCCCAAAUGGCCGGAGAUUGCUCAGGCUCUCAAAUAUGAACCAAGUCAGCAACACACAGAUCGUUCAGAUGUGAUUUCACGUGUAUUCCAUAUGAAACUAGAUGAGUAUAUUUCUGAUAUACGAGAUGGUACAGCCUUUGGACCUAUUCGAGCAUGUAAUGUUCUAUCCUCUCUUUGUACAUGCUCCUUAUCAUUUGCAUUCUCCCUACUUAUUCCAGAAUUCUUCACCUUGCUUUCUUCAUGUACAGAUAUGUACACUAUUGAAUUCCAGAAAAGAGGGUUGCCGCAUGUUCACAUACUUGUGUGGCUAACUGGCCAUUCUUCAGAUCCAUCCCCGGCUUUCAUUGAUACUCUAAUAUCUGCUGAGCUUCCAGAUCCCCGCUCUGAUCCCCUUGGCUAUGGGCUGGUCCAGGAAUUCAUGGUGCAUGGCCCAUGUGGUCCUAUGAACCUUCAUUGCUCAUGUAUGAAAGAGGGUGUCUGUUCUAAGAGGUUCCCCAAAUCUUUCAAUGCUGAAACUUCUAUUGAUGAAGCGGGUUUUCCUCAAUACCGCCGCAGAGAAAAUGGAUUAACUGUUAAUAAAGGACGGUUUGAUCUUGAUAACAGAUGGGUUGUGCCGUACAAUAUGGCCAUCUUGAAGAAAUACCAGGCCCAUAUCAAUGUUGAAUGGUACAACAAAACUAAUUUGGUCAAGUACCUCUUCAAAUAUGUGACCAAAGGACAUGACAAAGCUACGUUUGCUUUUGUUGAUACUCCUGCAGAUCCUACAACUGACUCUGAAGGAAGAGAUGAAAUUUCUGAACAUAUCAGAUGCAGAUACUUAUCCUCCUGUGAAGCCAUGUGGCGAUUACUAGGUUUUGAAAUACAUGGUCGUAUGCCUGCAGUUGAGCGCCUUGCUGUUCAUAUGCCUGGUAUGAACAAUAUUAUAUUCCAUGAGGAGGCUGAUCUUGCAGAUGUUAUUGAAGAUCCUAGCAGACAUAAAACCACAUUAACUGAAUGGUUUAUAGUCAACCAAAUGUAUCCACAUGCAAGACCUUUCACAUACUGUGACUUCCCUACCUAUUAUAGAUGGGAUCCUGAUCAAAAGGCUUGGUUUACAAGAAAAAGAUCCCCAAAGAUAGGUCGCAUCUAUAAUGUGCACCCAAGUACAGGUGAACUGUUUUAUCUGAGAAUGCUUCUCAUGGUUGUCACCGGUGCCACCAACUUUGCCAACCUUAGAACAUACAAUGGAAUUGUAUAUGAUACCUUCAGAGAGGCAUGCCAGGCUAGAGGAUUAGUCGGUGAUGACAGCGAAUGGUAUAUGCUGUUUGAUGAAGCUAUUAUAUGGGCAUCUCCUCACCAACUAAGACACCUGUUUCUCAUUGUAUUGGUUUUCUGUGAUGUUCUUAAUGCUAGGAUGUUGUUUGAAAAAUACUGGAAACAUCUUGCUGAUGAUAUCACUUAUCAAAUCCGUCUGUGCGUACGCAAUCCUAGAUAUUGUGUUCCAGACUGCCACCUGCAGGCACAACUCCUCUCUGACUUAACUAUUUUAUUUUCCAAAGCUGGUGCAAAUCUAUCUUCAUACAACAUCCCUUCUGCACCAAUUCCUGAAUCCUUUGCAUAUGGCAAUAGGCUUAUUUCUGAGGAGUUAGCAUAUGACAAGCCACUUCUAGAAGCACAAUCCAUUGCCCUUGCAUCUACACUAAAUCAAGAACAACGGCUUGUGUACGAUAAAGUUAUUGCUUAUGUUAUUUCAAAAGAACCUGCCGUCUUCUUUAUUUCUGGCUAUGGUGGCACAGGAAAGACUUAUCUCUGGAAUGCCAUUAUAGUAAAACUUAGAGCUGAAGGUGAGAUAGUACUAGCUGUUGCUUCUUCUGGGGUUGCCUCUCUUUUAUUACCUAGUGGUAGAACUGCACAUUCAAGGUUCUGA